UCUCUCUGCUCGGUUGCUGGAUGACAGGCGGCGGCGGCGGAUCUCUCACAGAUCGCAUCGUUUAUGCGGUCGGACCGGGAGUUUUUCUUUCUUUCUUUCCCUUUUCCUCCCUUUUUUCCUGGUUUUCCUUCGCCUCAGGUGCGCUGUGCUCUCCUGUCUCCGGGAGGGAGGACUCGGAUCUCAGCAUGGGGUCAACAUCACCUCCAGCAGCUGCGCACCUGCGCUGGAUAACCAAGAGAGAAAAUAAUUAAAGAAAACACAACUCAGCGGGGUUGAUCGAUUUCCAAUCACGGGGAAAGUUUUUCUUUAGAAAGCCAACGUGACGUUUAUCUAGCAGGGUGUGGAAUGGAGAUCCUAACUUUCCUGCUGUCGGGUCUUGCGCUGCUGUUGUUCGGAGGGGAUAUUUUCACCAGGGCCAUGCUGAGUGACAUUGGGGACUAUGUAGGUACAGACAUUGAAAUAUCCUGGUUACCUAACCUGGAUGAUUUAAUGAAGGGCUAUGCCAGAAAUUUUCGCCCUGGGAUAGGAGGUCCACCAGUGAAUGUCGCCAUGGCCAUUGAGGUGGCCAGCAUUGACCACAUCUCUGAAGCCAACAUGGAAUACACCAUGACCGUGUUCUUGCGGCAGAGCUGGCACGAUGACCGCCUGUCCUACAACCACACCAACAAGACGCUCGGGCUGGACAGUCGCUUUGUGGACAAGCUGUGGCUGCCCGACACCUUCAUUGUCAACGCCAAGUCAGCUUGGUUUCACGACGUGACCGUGGAGAACAAGCUGAUCCGCCUGCAGCCCAACGGGGUCAUUCUGUACAGCAGCCGAAUCACUUCGACGGCGGCGUGCGACAUGGACCUAACCAAAUAUCCCAUGGACGAACAGGAGUGCAUGCUGGACUUGGAAAGCUAUGGCUACUCAUCAGAGGACAUUGUUUACCACUGGUCGGACAGUCAAAAGCACAUCCAUGGACUGGACAAACUGGAGCUCUCCCAGUUCACCAUCACUGACUACCGCUUUGUCACAGAGAUGCUGAAUUUCAAGUCUGCGGGGCGAUUUCCGAGGCUCAGUCUCCGCUUCCAGCUGAGACGUAAUAGAGGCGUGUACAUCAUCCAGUCAUAUAUGCCUUCCAUACUGCUGGUGGCCAUGUCUUGGGUGUCCUUUUGGAUCAGCCAGUCAGCAGUCCCUGCUCGUGUAACCUUAGGGAUCACGACUGUUCUCACCAUGACCACCCUGAUGGUGAGCGCCCGCUCCUCCCUGCCACGAGCGUCGGCCAUCAAGGCUUUGGACGUCUACUUCUGGAUCUGUUAUGUGUUUGUGUUCGCCGCCCUCAUCGAGUACGCCUUCGCUCACUACAACGCUGACUACCGACUGAAAGAGAAGGCCAAGGUGAAGGCCAACAAGCUCAGCUCGGAGUCUAUUGUAAAGAACGGCAAACAGGCAAUGGUUCUGUUUUCCCUGUCGGUCACCGGCAUGAAUCAGGGUGUGGUUAUUUCUAACCGCCAGGGCCGGCCCCAGCGAUCUGGCAGCGAAAUUCCCGGAGAGGGGGCUGCGGAAGAGCCCGAGCCGAGGAGGAGAAGGUCCAGGCCGGCGGAGGAGAACGAGGAGAAGAAGAAGAAGUGCUGCUCCAAGUGCGUCUGCAAGCCCAUCGACGCCGACACCAUCGACAUCUACGCCCGGGCCGUGUUCCCCUUCACCUUCGCCGUGGUGAACGUGAUCUACUGGGUGGCGUACACCAUGUGAAGAGAAGAGGAGGCAGCGGGCCUGAGGGAAUGGCUGCUGUCCAGAGCUGUACAUAAAAACCAACAAAAACUGCUGGAGUCGAGCCACCACGAUGCUGGCAGACUUGUGCAGCUGAACACUGCGGGCUUCGGCAAGAAAAAAACUUCAGGAAACAACAAAGUAUAUAACAGCCUGUGCAUAUGAAACCAUGUUAAUUACUGAAAGUUGCAAAGCAUUAAGAGGACUUAAAUAUAUUAAAAUGCAGACAGUUGUACUGUAUAAAGGAACAAAAGACUGCAUUGCUCAUCUGAGGUUUAUAUUCACAGUAAAUAAAGGUUAGAACAGGCCACCUCCAUAUGAGAACAACCUAAACACGGAACAGUGAAGCAUUUGAAGCGACCUUUAAACAAAUAAUCAUAGUGACCCCCCCUGGACACCCCCCAGACGUGACUGAUGGGGUGAGGUGUGCCCUUAUUCUGCAUGGCUGAUAACACAUUCGCCCUCUUCCCCUGUUUUCUAUGUCCUUUGGUCCUCCACCCAUUUUUUUUUUAAAGUCCAUUUUCAUCUUCAGGACACCAUCUGGAGUGUCUUAUCUCCUCUCGCCAGUUCUGCCUGUUUCCUCAUCAUUAAAGGACUUCCUCCACUACCUGAGUU